CCGCCCUGAGUAAUUCCAAUUUCCGCUUUGGCCAAUUUUUUUUUCCUCUUACAAAAAAGCCAUAAAAAAAGUGGGUUGUUAUGUUGAGGUCUGAUUUGUCAACCAUUUCAAAUGCAUACCAAGCGCAUCCUGAUCGUCGGCUUGGGUAAUUACACACACCCUUUAACACGGCAUAGUGUGGGUAUGGUCAUUCUGGACCAUAUCGCACAGCAACUCAACAUGACAUGGACAUUACAAAGAAACUGGAAGGCGGUCAGCGCAAACGGAAAAUUUUUGGUUACUGACAAGUCGCAUAGCCGGUCUACCGAUCCAGUCAACUCUGUCACCACUGAAUUGGAUAUCACGCUUUUGAAACCCAGGCUAUUGAUGAACGUGUGUGGUCCUAGCGUGGCAAAAGCAGUUGCCGACCUCAAAGUCCCGCUUUCUAAUUUGUACGUCAUUCAUGAUGAUUUACAACGACCGUUAGCCAAGGUAUCUUUGAAAAAUGGCGGUUCUGCUAACGGUCACAAUGGUAUCAAAUCAGUCGCAAAGCACCUGCGUACAGAUGACUUCAAACGACUUCGAAUCGGUAUUGGUCGGCCGCCAAAGGAUAUCGACGACCGAUCGUUUGAUGUGGUUGCGGAUUUUGUCUUGGGAAAGCUUACCGAAGCAGAAAUGAAGGCGCUACAGGAAUCCGUCUAUCCUUUAUUAACCGGAGAUGCACUUAAUAGUCUUUGCUUGAAGGAGACGUUGGCUCAGCCGCCCAAAGCAUCUAAAGCACCCAAAGUGCGCAAGCCAAAGCCAACAUCCGUGGAUUCGGAAACAGAUACCUCAGAAAGCCCUGAAAACUUGUAAAUUACAAUCAAAUCAUACUAUCUGGCGAGAGAAAAGAUAUGUUCAAGCGUUAUUGAAUAGUGUACAAUAGAUUAGAAUAGACCUUAUAAGCAUAACUCAAAAAAUAAUGUAUCAAUAUCGUCCAAUUCGUUUGAAUCGCGGAGCUUCAAGUGUAAGGCACCGAAUG